AUGGGUGAUUUAUUAUCUGAUAGACCAUUGUUAAGAUACUUAAUAAAGUUAACAGAUGAUGAAUUAUUAAGAUAUUAUAAAUCUAUUCCAAUAUGUCUUGUUGUAUACAGAAUGUUACCUAAGUUAUCACAAAAUAUUGUAACAAAACUUUUAUGGCUUCCCUUACACAAUUGGAAGAAAUCUUUCAAAAAUGAUCAUUUAAGAGUUUUGGUUCCUCAUUUAAUUUUAUUAUUUAGACUUAGAAUUAUAAAUGAUCCAGAACAAAAGCAGUUAUCAUUAAAUCAUGAUUUUAAAGAAAAUUACAUUACUGGUAUCAUGCUUGAACCAAAAGAUAUUGUUAAUUUGAAGACUGCUGAAUUAUCUGAAAAGAAAGCAAAAAAAAUUGCGGGAAAAGACUUAGGUGAAAAGGCUAAUGAACGUUGGGAGUGUAUUUUAACUUAUUUAGCAUUACCUUCUCCUGAAAGUGCAAAAAAAGUUAGUAUAGGAACAAAAACUCUUUUUCAAGAAACUGGAUUUGUUCGUGAUAGAGGAAGUUUAGAUACAGAAAUUACAUCACAAGGUUUUCAAUUUCUUUUACUUAAUCGUGUUGAACAAUUAUGGACAUAUAUACUUCAAUAUUUUGAUUUUAAAAAACAAAGUGGUGAAGAUAACUUUUAUUGUUUUGAAUUUUUACUAAAAUUAACACUUCUUGUAAAUUUUAAUAAUGAAGGUUCUAAAGAUUUAAAUAAAGCAGGAACAUUUCAAAAUGAAAAUACUAACAAAGAUAUCGAAGAUGAUGAAAAAGAUGGUAGUCAAUCAGGGACAAAGCAUUCUUCGAAUACAAAUCAUAAUUUACAACUAAAAGCUUAUAAUAUCGGUGAUGAUUGGAAUGAGGAUUUACAAAAUUUUUUUGUACAUUUACGAGAAUUAGGAUUGGUAUUUUUAAGAAAAAGAAAGGAUGGGUUUUUCUUUUUGACACCACUCAUGAAUAAUUUAGCUGUAUCAAGUACAUCAAUAGAAAAUAUGCAAGAAGCAAAUAAAAAUGCAGGAUUCAUUAUUGCUGAAAGCAACUAUCGUGUUUAUGCAUAUUCUGAUAAUGAUUUACAACUUGCUAUAUUAUCAACGUUUACUGAUAUGCUUUAUCGUUUUGAUGAUUUAGCUGUUGGAGUACUGACCAGGGAUUCUGUCAGAAAAGCUCUUUCUGUUGGGAUAACAGCAAAACAGAUAAUAACAUUUCUUCGUUCAAAUUCAAAAAUUGAUUGUAUUGAAAAGAAUGGACCAAUAUUUUGUGUCCCUAUUACAAUAUCUGAUCAGAUAACUUUAUGGGAACAAGAAAGACAAAGAAUUGAAACAGAACCGGCAAUAUUCAUGGAACAUUUCGACUCUGAAACACAAUUUAGAGCUCUUCUUAAAUUUACUAAAGAAAAUGAUUUAUUACUUUGGUGUAAUGAAUCAACAAAGGAAAUUAUUGCAAAAGAAAGUGACAAAGAAAGGAUUGGUCAUUUUCUCCGAAAUCUUCGAAGAUAG